AUGACGCUGUCCCCUGAUCUUGAUGGAUGCAGCCAGCUGGCCACCUGGGGGACAGCGUUUGAGCUGAGUCCGGUCAGGGUGGGGCUGGCCGCGGGGUCCGCCUCCCGCUCCGGCCUCAGGUGCCCCCCCCGCAAGGUGUCCCCCGCACAGGUGCCCCCCGCACAGGUGCCCCCCCCGCAAGGUGUCCCCCGCACAGGUGCCCUCCGCACAGGUGCCCUCCGCAAGGUGCCCCCUCCGCAAGGUGCGCGCCCCAGGCCCAGGAGCAGCUGGUGCGCAGGCUCGGGCGCGCGGGGAGGGAGUGCGCAGGCUCCGGGCUCCCGCCCCCCCCCCAGCGGGGGCCAGAAGCGCCAACUUUGCGGGGGCCCGGCCCGGCGCGAGCCCCUCCGCGAGCGCUUGCUUGUCAUGUCCCCGGCGACCUCUCAGGCUGGCUUUGUUCUCAUGACCUCGACCGUCUCCAGAGUCUGGCCAGCAGAGGAUCCAUACUGUCAACGUGGCUCGCCGCUGCUGACCUUCACCUUGAUCACCUGGCUCAGGUCACGUUUGCAUCAGAUUCUGCUGCUUUGCGGGCAGUCCACCCUGGCACCCGGCGCAGACACUGGGCAUCCUCCCUCUUCCCUGCUUCCAAAGCCCAACCGCCCUCCGGAUCCUCGCUUCUUCAGGCUGUCCACCUCCUGCCGUCCCCAGAGGCCCCCAUGGGUCCACACGUGCCCUCUGACUCUUCUGGCCUCUGUGUCCCCAGGGUUUGGCCUCCUGCAGGAGCUGCCCGGGCUCCGCGUGCCGUUGGGGCUGCUCCAGCCUGUUGUGCACAUGCUGGGCAGUGGGGCAACUUGGUCGUAGGUUCCCACGCAGCUGUAAGAAACAACAUAGAAGAAUGCUGGUGCCCUCAGCUUGUUCCCCGUGAGGGGCAUCAUGCAGUUUGGGGACAGCG